CCGCUCUGCCCCGCCCCUCCCCGCCCCUCCUGCCCAAGAUGGCGGCGGCCGGCGGCCGCACGGUGCUGGUGCGGGGCCUCCCCCCCGCCGCCACCGGCGCCGACCUCGAGCAGGUCUUCGGCAGCCUCGGGCCUCUCCGCCGCUGCUUCGUCGUCACCGAGAAGGGCACCCAAACCAGCCGCGGCUUUGGCUACGUCACCUUCUCGCUGGCCGAGGACGCCCAGCGGGCUCUGCGCGAGGCCCCCACCCUCGCCGGCCGCCGCCUCGCCGUCACGCCGGCCCGCCAGCGGCACAGGGACGGCCGGAGGAAGCCGCGGCGCCGGGGGGAGGAGGAGGAGGAGCAGCAGGAGAAGAAGGAUGAAGCAGCAGCGGCAGCAGGUGAGCUGGGGGUCGAGGCUGCCGCUGCUGCCCCCCCGAGACCGAAGAAGCCCCGAGGCGCCUCCAGGAAGGCGCGGCUCAUCAUCCGGAACCUCAGCUUUAAGUGCUCCGAGGACGACCUGCGCUCUCUCUUCUCGCCCUUCGGCACCGUGCUGGAGGUGAACAUCCCCAGGAAACCAGACGGGAAGAUGCGAGGAUUUGCCUUCGUGCAGCUCGGAAACGUCCUGCAAGCGGCCAAGGCGCUCCGGGGGAUGAACAUGAAGGAGAUCAAAGGACGGCCGGUGGCGGUGGACUGGGCCGUGGCUAAGGACAAAUACCGGGCGACGCACGAGGGCCAGCCCCAGGGGAGCUCAGGGGAGGAACCCGGGGCGGCCCGAGAGCGGAGCAAGGGUGGGGGGGGAGAGGAAGAGGAGGAAGAAGAAGAGGAGGAGGAGGAACAACAAGAAAAAGACGAGGAGGAGGAAGAGGACGAGGAAGAGGACGAGGAGGACGAGGAGGAGGAGGAAGAGGACGAGGAGGAGGAAGAGAAGAAAGAUAAAAAAGCAGUUGGAAAGAAGAAGAUCAAACCUUCCUCAUCCCGGACACGAGACCCGCCUGGGAAGGGGACGGCGGCCGGGGACAGCAGCGAGGAGGAGGACGAUGAUGAUGAAGCUGAUGAGGAAGCAACCGGGGAGGAUGAUAGUGAGCAGGAAGAGGACUCGGAUGAGGAAGAAGAGGAGGAAGGGGGGGGCGCGCCCCCAAAGCGGCGGCGGGGGGGCCAGCAGCCCCCCUCGGACGUGGGCGAGGGCAGGACCGUCUUUGUCCGGAACCUCUCCUUCGACACAGAGGAGGAGGCGCUGGGGGAGCUGCUGCAGCGAUUCGGGGACCUCAAGUACGUCCGCGUGGUGCUGCACCCCGACACGGAGCACUCCAAGGGCUGCGCCUUUGCCCAGUUCCUGACGCAAGAAGCCGCACAGAAAUGCCUCCAGGCUGCCCAGGAGGAGAGCGAGGGCGGGGGGCUGCGGCUGGACGGGCGGCUGCUCCGCAUCGACCCGGCCGUGAGCCGCGAGGAGGCGCGGAAACUCCGCGGGCAGAAGGCGAAGAAGCCGACGGGCACCCGAAACCUCUACCUGGCCCGCGAAGGCUUGAUCCGGGCCGGGACGAAGGCUGCGGAGGGCGUGAGCGACGCCGACAUGGCCAAGCGAGCGCGGUUUGAGGAGCUCAAGUACCAGAAGCUGCGGGACCAGAACAUCUUCGUGUCCCGCACGCGCCUCUGCGUCCACAACCUGCCCAAGGCCGUCGACAGCGCCCGGCUGCGGCGCCUGCUGCUGCGGGCGGCGGGGGGCGGCAGGGCCGUGCGCAUCAAGGAGUGCCGGGUGAUGCGGGACCUGCGGGGGAGGGGGCAGUCCCUGGGCUACGCCUUCGCCGAAUUCGGGGAGCACGAGCAGGCGCUGGCCGCGCUGCGGGGCCUCAACAACAACCCCCACCUCUUCGGGGCACAGAAGAGGCCCAUCGUGGAGUUCUCGCUCGAGGACCGGCGCAAGCUGAAGCUGAAGGAGCAGCGAGCCCAGCGCAGCCUGCUCAAGCUGAAAGCGAAGCCGGCGGAGCAGGACGCGGCCGAGCCCCCCCGACCCCCACAGAAACAUCAGGGGAGGAAGAAACCGGCCUCCGGUGGGGCGCGCGGCUCUGGGGGGCCCCCGGCGGUGGGGCAGGAGGCCCCCCCGGCCCCCCCGAGCCCCGCAGCCCCCCCGGCGGGGGCCGUGCCCUGGUCCGGUUUCCGCACGGAGGCGCGGGGGGAGCGGGUGCAGCUGCCGGACGGGACCACCCGCAGGAGGGUGCUGGCGCUGCCCUCCCACCGCGGGCCCAAAAUCAGGAAGCGCGACAAGGGCAAGGUGAAGCCCCUCCCCACCAAACAGCCCAAGGCCAAAGCCCAGCGGCGCAAGGAGAAGCGCAAGGCACCCCCCACCCAGGCGCGGCGGCAGCGGGGGGCCGGGGGGGCCGGGGGGGCCGAGGCCCGCUUCAGCGAGCUGGUGGAGCGCUACAAGAGGAAGAUCCUGGGCAGCGACGCCCCCGCGCCCAAACGGGGCAAGUGGUUCGAGAGCUGAGACCACCCUCCCCCGACCCCCACCCGUGGGUGGGGGGUCACUGGACCUCAUGGGGGGAGUCAAGGGACCCCCUGGGGGGUCUCUGCUUCAGCCUCGGGGCUCUCAGCAGGGGGAAGGACCAAGUCCUGGGUCGCCCCUUGUUGCCGUCAUCCCCGACCCGGGAUUUGGGGGGGCCCCCGUCCCUCCUCCUCUCCCAGGGGUCUCGCCUGGUUUGGGACCCCCGGGGGCUGGAGGGAGGGGUGGGUGCCCCCCAUUGCCAGCACCCCCCACCCUGUUGGGGACAGGGUGCUGUAAAAAUAGAGGAAUAUAUUUUAAUAAAAAGCUUUUUGGAGGAAAAA